AGGGAGGGACACGCUUUAUCAGAUCUGGGGGCCAGCUGCAGGCGACGGGCGCUGGUAACCCGAGGAGAGUAAAUAGAGACACGUGGGUGCCGGCGCGAGGGAGCCGAGAGCCGGGCCGCGCGCGAGCAUCGGAUGGACGUAGAUACCCCAAAGCCCACACCUCACCGGCCGCUCCGGCUCAGCCGCUGGGGAAACCUCACGGGGACAUCCAGUAGAAAAGUUCUGAUACCCAAAUGAUGUCCCCAACGUUUUUUCCUGCCAGGGAAACGUGGAGAAUAUACCCUUUUCCUUAAAUGGCAGCCUUCUGCCCCCACCCCAAAGAAAGGGUGGUUUCGGGGGCGGGGACAUUUUGGGUUUAAAGAGUACUUUUAAGAACACCUCCGAGUUACCUUCUCUGUCCCGAUGGCAGGGGUGGUAAGACAAGCACAGCCCGCUCAGGAUUCCUACCACGACAAGGCCAGAGAACACCCCGAUGACGGAAAGCAUCCAGAUGGAGGCCUGUACAACAAGGGACCCUCCUACUCCAGUUAUUCUAGCUACAUAAUGAUGCCAAAUAUGAACAGCGACCCGUACAUGUCAAAUGGAUCUCUUUCUCCACCCAUCCCGAGGACAUCCAAUAAAGUGCCGGUGGUGCAGCCGUCUCACGCCGUCCACCCCCUCACCCCCCUCAUCACCUACAGUGACGAGCACUUUUCUCCAGGAUCACACCCGUCACACAUCCCAUCAGAUGUCAACUCCAAGCAAGGCAUGUCCAGACACCCUCCAGCUCCUGAAAUCCCCACCUUCUACCCCCUGUCUCCGGGUGCCGUUGGGCAGAUCACCCCACCCCUCGGCUGGCAAGGUCAGCCUGUAUAUCCCAUCACGGGUGGAUUCAGGCAGCCCUACCCAUCCUCUCUGUCAGGCGACACUUCCAUGUCCAGGUUCUCCCAUCAUAUGAUUCCUGGUCCUCCUGGCCCUCACACAACCGGCAUCCCUCACCCAGCUAUCGUAACGCCUCAGGUCAAACAGGAGCACCCCCACACCGACAGCGACCUAAUGCACGUGAAGCCUCAGCAUGAACAGAGAAAGGAGCAGGAGCCAAAAAGACCUCACAUUAAGAAACCUCUGAACGCUUUCAUGUUAUACAUGAAAGAAAUGAGAGCGAACGUCGUAGCCGAGUGCACCCUAAAGGAGAGCGCGGCUAUCAACCAGAUCCUGGGCAGAAGGUGGCACGCCCUCUCCCGGGAAGAGCAGGCCAAAUAUUAUGAAUUAGCACGGAAAGAGAGACAGCUACAUAUGCAGCUUUAUCCAGGCUGGUCAGCAAGAGACAAUUAUGGCAAGAAGAAGAAGAGGAAGAGAGAGAAGCUACAGGAAUCGACUUCAGGUACAGGUCCCCGAAUGACAGCUGCCUACAUCUGAAACAUGGUGGCAAAAGAAACUCAUUCCCAACGUGCAAAGCCAAGGCGGCGACCCCAGGCCCUCUUCUGGAGAUGGAAGCUUGUUGAAAACCCACACUGUCUCCACAGCUUGCCCGGCUGACCCCAAGGAGCACUGACAGCAUCUCUCCCCUGAGGUCACCGCUAGAGACGCUGCUGACCCACAGAGACAGUCACUGCCAGCCCCUCCCCCGUCUCCUGCAAGCGCCGACUUCCAAAAGCAAGCAAGCCGGAAACGGUCGUUUCUGAAAAAGAAAAAAGAAAAAAAAAAAAAGCCCAUGAGAACGCUAGCAGGCCCUGCCCACUGAGCGGUGGCAUCGUCGCUUCUGGUCUCUGUGUGCACCUCUCCUCUGUGCAGACCUGUCACCCUGCAGCAAGGACAGUAGCUUGGCCGUGUUCGUGCGCAACUGAGUCAGGGACCGGAGCAGGCAUCAGCAUCCUGGCGUGAGAAUUGUGGAAGACUCCCGUUUCCGUCUUCAUUUGCCUAUCAUCUUCAAGUUUUUAUUUAACAGUACAAAAGGAUCAAGCUUGUGUUUGCUUCUUUUUUUUUUUUAACUCGAAUUUUUAAAUUUACUUUUUUUUUUAAUUUUUAUUUUCCUUGUAUAUUUUGCUAGCUCUGAGCUUUUACAUGAAAUUCAUGGGUCUGGAAGAGUCUGGAAUAAAAACAAGAUGAAAAAAGAAGCCUUCUGCUCUUCCGAGCUGUCUUGUCCAGUGAGUGGCUUCUCUGUGACACACGGUGGCCUCUGUCCUGUGAAGUCUCUGAUAGAGCUGAACAGUUAGCCAAGCCCACUCCGGUUGUUAGUGAUUGGCAGCCCCAACUCACUUAAUUUUCUGAUUUUUUUUUUAUGAUGACAAACUUUAACACAUACUUUGAGCAAACCCCUUUGCAGUGGAUUUUCUUUCCUUUCUUUUCACUCUUGUAAAAAGCCCAGCACUUGAAUGGUUAUUACUUUCAAUGUUCUGUAUUUGUAUCUGUUUUUAUUAGCCAAUUAGCGGGGAUUUAUGCCAGUUGUUAAAAUGAGCGUUGAUGUAUCUGUUACUUUGAAAUGGCAAGGCACAGCCUUUGCCUCCCAAUUGUCAUCUUAACGUCUGUCUCUCCAGUUUGAGUUAACGUGCUGAGCAUUUUUUAAAAGAAGCUUUGUAAUAAAACAUUUUUUUAAAAGUG